AUGAGUCACGAACUCGAUGGGUGGAUCGCCCAGCUCCGUCGUUGCGAACCGCUCGACGAGGACGACGUGCGACGAUUGUGUCAGAUGGCGAUCGAGAUCAUGGUCGAGGAAUCGAACGUGCAGAUGAUCGACUCGCCGGUGACGAUAUGCGGGGACAUACACGGACAGUUUUACGAUUUGCUCGAGCUAUUCAAGGUCGGAGGCGACUGUCCGGAUACGAAUUAUUUGUUCAUGGGGGACUUCGUCGACCGCGGGUUCUACAGCGUGGAGACGUUUUUAUUGUUAUUAGCGCUGAAAGUGCGAUACCCGGAUCGAAUGUAUCUCAUCAGGGGAAAUCACGAGUGUCGACAGAUCACCCAGGUGUACGGGUUUUACGACGAGUGCCUUCGAAAGUAUGGGAGCGUAAACGUGUGGAGGUACUGCACGGACGUCUUCGAUUAUAUCUCUCUCUCGGCGCUGAUAGAUAACAAGAUAUUCUGUGUUCACGGGGGGUUGUCGCCGAGCAUCACCACGAUUGAUCAGAUUAGAACGAUCGAUCGCAAGCAGGAGGUGCCGCACGAGGGCGCGAUGUGCGAUUUGCUCUGGAGCGACCCGGAGGACGUCGCGGGAUGGGGAUUGUCGCCGCGCGGGGCGGGUUAUUUGUUCGGCGACGACGUGUGCACGUCAUUCACGCAGACGAAUGGGAUCGACAUGAUCGCUCGAGCGCACCAGCUCGUGAUGGAGGGGUACAAAUGGAUGUUUAACAAGCGGCUUGUCACGGUGUGGAGCGCGCCGAAUUACUGCUACCGAUGCGGGAACGUCGCAUCAAUCUUAGAACUGGAUGAGAAUUUGGCGCACGACUUCAAGGUUUUUGAGGCGGCGCCGCAAGAAGCGCGCGGAGCGCCUUCGAAGCGCGUGGCACCAGACUACUUCCUGUAA